AUGAAUCAUGACUUAGCUGAUGAUUUUGGCUACAUUGAGACUGCUGAGAAACUGUGGAAAGAACUGACUGAAAGAUUUGGUCAAUCCAAUGGACCUCUAAUCUACCAGCUGAAAAAGGAAAUUGAGAACCUAACUCAGCAAAACAUGACUAUUGUGACUUAUUAUGGAAAGCUGAAGAAACUUUGGGAUGAAAUGCAGAAUUUGAGAGCAUUUCCUACCUGCUCUUGUGGUGCUAUGUUGCAAUGCAGCUGUAACUUCAUGAAGAAGGUUGCUGAAUUUGAAGAAGAAGACAAGAUGAUGAAAUUUCUGCUUGAUGAUGCUGGUACUGAAAAUGACACAGUGAGCAAUGAGAUGCUGAAUGCAAUUUGUCAAGAGGUUAUGAAGGCUAUGAAAGGCAAGCAACCACAGAACAAUACUGGCAAUGGAACCACUUGUUCCUAUGCAAACUAUGCAGGUAUAAUCUCUCAUUCCCUCAACUGUUCUGUGAAUAAGUUGCUUGAUGAUUGCUUGUGGAUUGUGGAUUCUGGUGCUUGUGAUCACAUGACUUACAAUGAAAACAUGUUGACAAACAUAAAAAUUCUUAAUAAUCCAAUUAAGGUGGGAUUACCAGAUGGAUCUCAGUUAACUGUUGAAAUCAUGGGUGAUGUUGUUUUGAGUGAUGAUCUGAUUUUACACAAUGUGUUGCUAGUUAAAGGCUUCAAACACAACUUGAUGUCUGUUGGUAGAUUGAUUAAUAUACUGGCUAUCAAGUUAAAUUCACCACUGCUGGAUACACUUUCCAGGACCCAUCUAAGUCUGUGUUGGUUGGCACUGGAAAGAGGACCAAUGGACUCUACUAUUUUGUUGCAAGUUCAAGAAAAUAAGCAAAGCAGUAUUGUGACACAGCAAGGUGAAGCUUCUCAACAUACAAGUUGUAAUACUAUGGGAAAAUUGGUUGAUGUAAGUCAGAUACAAUUGCCAAAUAAAACAAGUACUAGUGUUGCUGUAAAUGUGAAAGAUCAUAGAAUGGACCUGGAUUUAUUGCAUGCUAGGUUAGGACAUGCUUCUCUAUCCAAAAUGAAAUAUAUUAAUGCUGAUUUUUGCAAAGGAAUAACUGAGUACAAUUGUGGUAUUUGCUACAGUUCUAAGCAACACAAAUUCCCUUUUGGUAUAAGUGAAAGCAGAUCUGUUGCAUGUUUUGACUUGAUACACCUAGACCUUUGGGGACCUUAUAGGAUCAAAAGUCUGGAUGGGGCAUCAUAUUUCCUCACUAUUGUUGAUGAUCACAGUAGAACUACCUGGACAUACUUAUUGCAUAAUAAAAUGCAGGUUCAGAAAGUCAUAUCUGAGUUCCAUUCUAUGGUUGAAACUCAAUUCAACACCAGAGUUAAGAAAAUUAGGUCUGACAAUGGGACUGAAAUUGUAAAAGAAUCAUGCAUAUCUUUGUUUGCUGCUAAGGGUAUCUUGCAUGAGAAAAGUGUGCCAUACACACCUCAGCAGAAUAGAAGAGUUGAAAGAAAGCAUAGAAGUCUUCUUGAAAUAGCUAGGGCUUUGAGAUUUCAUGCAAAUCUCCCUAAGAAAUUAUAG